GUGAGUGAGAGUGAUACUGUUCGAAUCGAAAGCGAAAGCUGUCCGUCAUCGAAGUGAGCGUCGCCGUGGUCGUCUCAAAUCGAAAGAAGAUGGACUCUCAACAAUUUCGGGAGUUUGGCAAAGCCAUGGUCGAUUAUAUUGCAAAUUAUUCAGAUACUAUUAGGGAGAGGAAAGUUCUAACAUCAGUAGAGCCCGGCUAUUUGGAAAAACUGAUACCAGGGGAAGCGCCGCAGUUCGGCGAGAAGUGGCAGGACGUGUUGCGGGACGUUGAACGAGUUAUCAUGCCAGGAGUGACACACUGGCACUCUCCCAAUUUUCAUGCAUAUUGUCCCACAGCGAACUCGUUUCCAGCUGUCGUGGGCGAAAUGUUAUCAGCUGGAAUAGGUUGUGUCGGAUUUAAUUGGGAGGCCAGUCCGGCAUGUACAGAACUCGAAGUAAUGAUGAUGAACUGGUUGGGAAAGUUAUUGCAUUUGCCCGAAGAGUUUCUUAACUGUGCAGGUGGAAAUGGUGGUGGAGUCAUACAGGGUUCUGCAAGCGAGAGUACUUUAAUAGCCCUUUUAACAGCGAAAGAAAAAAUGGUGCGGACUUUUAAACAAAAGCAUCCAGACAUGACUGAGAACGAUAUCAAAGGGAAACUUGUUGCGUAUACCUCUGAUCAAGCUAACUCCUCCGUGGAGAAGGCUGGAAUACUCGGAUCCAUGAAAAUGAGACUUUUACCGGCCGAUAGCGAUUGCAUCUUAAGGGGCGAGACGUUAAAAAAAGCGAUAGAAGAAGACAGGAAGAAAGGACUUAUACCAUGCUACGUCGUUGCUACGCUAGGUACAACAGGUACAUGUGCUUUCGACAAUUUAGAAGAACUUGGACCUAUAUGUAACGAAGAGGAUCUUUGGCUUCACAUAGACGCUGCUUAUGCCGGAUCGGCUUUUGCAUGUCCAGAAUACCAACAUUACAUGAAAGGUGUUAAAUACGCCACCUCGUUCAAUUUCAAUCCUCACAAAUGGCUUUUGGUGAAUUCGGAUUGUUCGGCCCUUUGGGUGAAAAAUUCGAAGCAUUUGGUGGACACCUUUGCCGUGGACAGGAUUUAUUUGAAACACAAACACGAAGGUGUUAUGCCUGAUUAUAGACAUUGGCAGAUUUCUUUAGGUCGAAGAUUUAGAGCUUUGAAAUUGUGGUUCGUCAUGCGUAUCUACGGAGUCGAGGGCAUUCAGAAACAUAUCAGGACACAGAUCGGAUUAGCCAAUUAUUUCGAAGAACUUGUGGAAAACGACAAAAGAUUCGAAGUUAGCACCAAGAAGUUGGGGCUGGUUUGUUUUAGAAUAAAAGGAAAAAAUAUUUUGACCGAAAAGCUACAGCAGUUACUGACAGAGAGGAAAAAUAUCUAUUGUAUACCGUGUUAUUUUCGAGAAAAAUACGUCAUAAGGUUCGUGGUUUGUAGUAGAUUGACUCUGAAAGAUGAUAUUGAUUAUGCCUGGAAUGAAAUAUGUUCGCAAACGGCGCAAGUAUUUGAAAUGGAUAAAAAUAAUUGCUUAGAAGGACCACCAGCAAAGAAACUAAAAUUUGAGGAAGACGUUUUAAAUAACAAUGCAGAAAUUGUGGAAGAUUAACUGUUUCAGAAUAAAAAUUUUUUAUCACUAGCGAAUGUAAAAUAAAAAAAAUUGAUUAAGCCCUAUAGACUAUUUCUGAUCUAUACGGAUGCAUAUACUUUACAGCUGAUUAAAA